AUGGGACGGCCAAAACGCGUAGCAAUUGGCCGUCGCACAUCAGCUGCGAAGAGAAUACGAAACAGCAGAGCUGAAGAAACAGCCGUUAGCCGUGAGUUGAGACUAGCCAUGAACAAUGACAGAACAGCCAGAGCGAGAGAGUUGGAAACAUCAGAGCAGCGGCAAGAGAGACUAUCUGCCAACAGAGAAAUAACCGCAAGAGCACGACAAGAAGAGACACCAGAGCAGCGACAAGCAAGAAUGUCUGCUGACAGAGAAGGCACUGCACGAGCACGACAAGAAGAGACACCAGAUCAGCGACAGGCAAGACUCAGAGAUAAGAAGGAAUCAAAACCAACAGUUGAACGAUGGAAGAGGAGAGCUUUUAACUACGACCAAUCGAUGGAUUACAGCGGACAUGCUGAUGUACAGAUUGGGGCAAUGUCCAAAGAGUGUCAGUAUUACCAUGCCCUAAAAUGGGUUGGCGAAGCACCGGGAAUGUGUUGCUCAAAUGGGAAAUUCAAUCUGCCUCUUAUCACAAACAUCCCCGAGCCGCUCAAAUCUUUGCUUCUCUUAGAGAAUCACGAUUCAAAGCAAUUUGUUAAUAACAUCAGAAAAUACAACUCUGCAUUCCAGAUGACAAGCUUUGGAUGUACAGAAAGAGUUUGUCUACCAGGAUUUAUGCCCACCUUUAAAGUUCAGGGUCAGGUCUACCACAGAAUUGGUGACAUGCAACCUCAGUCAGGAGAAAACCCAGAGUUUCUGCAGAUCUAUUUUAUGGGUCAUAAACAAGAACAAGCUGAGACACGAUGCAGAGCUGUGCCUGGUGUGAAGAUUGACAUCAUUUUGUCUCUUCAGGAGAUGCUCCACAACGUAAUCAACUAUGUGGCGAGCUUCAAGACUGCCCUAGAGAAGAUGGACCUACCAGAGAACCGCAUAGUUAUUCGACCAGACAAAGCUCCAACCAUGGAACAUCCAAGACGAUUUAACGCUCCACUGACAGAUGAAGUUGCUGUUCUCAUCGUUGGCCAACAAUUUCAACAAGCGUGA